AUGGUACUAUCAAAUGAUUAUAUAUGUGAUGGCGGUAAUCGAACAAUACGUUGGUCACAAUUUUGUGAUGGAAUUAUUGAUUGUUAUGAUCGUUUUGAUGAAGAAGGACAUUUUUGUAAUGAUAUACGUUGUGAUUUAGCUUGUAAAAUGCUUCAUUAUGUACCAUGUCAAACCAUACAAGAUCGUCGAGCAUGUAAGAACAUUGAAAAAGAUUCUGCUACUAUUCUUCUUCUUGUUUUAAUUGGUAUGGUUAUUUUAAUUAAAUAUCUUAUUCGUAGAUAUCAACAAAAUAAAUCAUCAAAUCUUUCUCAUAUUUCAAAUCGUCAAAUCGAAUCAGAUACAUUGUCUAGCCAUAUUUAUGAACAAUGUUACGAACCACCAUCCUAUGAAGCCACACAAAAAUAUCCAUUGAUGAAGACAUAUUAUGAACAUGUAGUAUAA